AAGGCCGAGGCCCCCUUCCUGCUUCUCCGCCAGGCGCCUGGAUUUGGGGGCGUCGCCAGGAACGGGAAGCCUUUCGCCGGCAGGCAGCUGCCCCGGGAACCGGCCAAGUGCUUCGUGCUUCCCGGGAGAAAAUUUAGCACCCCAGAUCUGGAGCAAAGAACAAAAAAAUAUAUAUAUCUUGAGGAUUAAAAACAACAACAGAGAACUUUUUAUUUUCACCCCUCGCAUUUCAGUCAUGUGACAGCAGUCCUCAAGCCACCAUUUUGGGGGUUUCUUCUCCAUCCACCACCCUGGAUAGAACCGAGCCUGAUCCACCGUCAAACCCAACGAUGAAAAUGGAGGCCCCAGAAUCUCCCGCAGACCUGAAGCCAUCCUUAGACCUGGAUGGGCCAAGGGAAAGCCCCAGUGUGGCCCCGAUGGGCUCUGACCGGCAAGAUCUGAGGUGGAGGAGAGGACUUCCCUACAUUAAGCAGGAGCCGGAAGAGGAUUGCUUGUCGUCUCUACACUGGGAAGCCCAGUGGCAGGAGUUCCUGGGGACCAUGCAGCCCCCUUGCUCGGGGUGGGGGGCCAGAGCUCUGCCGGCGACUGCCCCGUGGAGGGACGCCAAGGCACCCUUGGCCCAUCUAGCGUUGGCGGCCGCCGGUGGCCAGCGGUCCUCGGAAGGGGCGUUCUUCCAACCUGUGCCGCCAGGUUUCGUGGGAGGGAUGCAGCUGGCUGACCAAGAAAGAGGGGAAGUGAAGGAGGAGGUGCAGAGCCAGGAGGCCCCAAACCCGAAGCCCCCCUGCCAGCGCUUCAGGCAGUUCCUCUACCAAGAAGCGGAAGGUCCCCGGGAGCUUUGCAGUCGUCUCCAGGACCUCUGCCGCCUGUGGCUGAAGCCGGAGAGGCACUCCAAGGAGCAGAUCCUGGAGCUGGUGAUCUUGGAUCAGUUCCUGGGUGUCCUGCCCCGGGCGAUGGAGUGUUGGGUCCGGGAGUGCCAUCCUCACACGUGUGCCCAGGCCGUGGCCCUGGCAGAGGACUUCCUGGUGAGGCACCCGGAGGAACGAAGGAGGCAGGAGCAGAAGGGCCCAGGGAUGUUUCAUGUGGUGACUGUGAAUUGUCCUGACUCUGAUCCAGCAUCAUCUGAAAGACCGCUUAACAGGCCGAUCAAACAGGAGGUCAACGAGGAUCACCUUUCUCAAGACGAUGCUCAGGUGGGUGAAAUUAAAAAAGAUGAUGAGUGGAACGACACCAUGGGAAUGGAGCCCCGCGGAUCCUCGUCCCCGGAAAGGCGGGAAGGGACAGGCAGGUUUGGUGAGGCGGGAGAACCCCAGAAGAGUCCUCAAGGCCCACAGGGGAACGGCCCCAAAGGAACGGACGUAAACGCAUCCGGGCCGAAGCCGUCCUUGUGUUCAAACUGUGGGGGGAGUUUUAAUCCCGUCUCCGGUUUGCUCGGCCCAGAGGGCUUCCCCUCGGGUGCGAACCCUUACAAAUGCUCGGUGUGCGACAAGAGCUUCUGCCAGGUUGCCAAGCUCAUCGCCCACGAGCGGCUGCACACCGGAGACUGGCCGUACAAAUGCUCCUUCUGCGGCAAGAGCUUCAACCGCAGCUCCGACGUCUCCCGUCACGAGCGGAUCCACACAGGCGAGAAGCCGUUCAAGUGCACCACGUGCGAGAAGUGCUUCAGCCAGCGGUCCAAGCUGAUCGUGCACGAGAGGUUCCACACGGGGGACAAGCCCCACACCUGCUCCUACUGCGGGAGAAGCUUCCACCAACGGUCGGACCUGGUGAAGCACGAGCGGAUCCACACGGGAGAGAAGCCCUACAAGUGCUCGGAUUGCGGCGGGAGCUUCCACCGGAGUUCGGAUCUGGUGAAACACAAGUGGAUCCACACCGGGGAGCGGCCAUACAAAUGUUCCACCUGUGAGAAGAGCUUCCGGCAACGCUCGGCCCUCCUGUACCACGAGAGGACCCACACGGGGGAGAAACCGUACGCCUGCACGGCCUGCGGGAAAGGCUUCAGUUGUAAAGCCCACCUGGUGCUCCACAAACGGACCCACACGGGGGAGAAACCCUACAAGUGUAACUACUGCGGGAAAAGUUUCACCACCAGUUCGUACUUUGUGAAGCACCAGAGAAUGCAUUUAGGGCAAGAAACUCUGCCGGUUCUCUGAAAAGUAAGAGACGCACCCAGAAAUAUUUCAAGGCUUUCCUUUUCUGUGGAUCUCUAAACCUAACCCCCUGGGUGUAGAAAACUAGCAGGUCGGAAGUAAUCCCUGAAGGCUUAGUUUUCUGUUUGCAGGGAUUUGUAAAAUAAGCCGCGUACUUUCCGUCUUACAGCCGCAGGAUGGGAAGAGAGUCUCGAUCAGCCGCGGUUGCAAACGUUGAAUUUGUUCAAUUUGGAUUGGGUGGAAAGAACCACCUAUGCUGAA